CUAGUGGCUGGUUAUAGUCGCUAAGGAUUGGCUGAGGUAGAUGGGUAGGCGGAUACAACCUUGAAUAACAGCUUUCCAAGUGUUAUGCAUAGUGGCUGGCUUCUGAAGCCCCCCGAGCAAAGGCUCCCAGCCGCCCAGGUCAAGUCUCAUUACCAUGACGUCUCAAGAUGCAAUGGCUUGGGGUGGAGCUCGUAUCCUUCACGGCAUGCUUUCUGUUUUUCUUGAAAAAAAUUGUCCAGUUACUCCUUAAUAUAAGAUGCACCCAGACUUGUCAUCGCACCUGCACACAGAGGAAUGCAAUGUGGCAAUAAACUUUCUGAAGCAGUGUCACAAUGAGAAUCGCUUUCUGAAGUAUUUUGGUCAGUGUAAUGACUUUGAUCGAGAGAUGAGGAAGUGUUUGAAGAAAGAGUAUGAGGACAGAAGAGCUAAAAGCCGUGCCAAAUCAGAGAACAUGAAACAGAGGCUUCUAAAUGCUGAGAAAGAAGCCGACAAUUGAAGACUUUUGGAAGAGUCACAACAUGUGGACACUUGCCAAGCCUUCAGGCGGCAUUUACCUCCGAGACAUCGGCUGUUAAUAACUUGUUUUUAAUGACCUGUUACUAUAGAAAGUUUACUCUCUUAAUUGAAAGUUCAUUUCUUAUAUAUAAAAGUCAGUCACAUUUAUUGUUCUUAUAAAAAAGUAAGAAUUUCAUUUACUGGAACAGCACAUCUGGAAUUAAAGAGAACACAGUCAAACACAUUCUACACAAGGUCAUGUCCCAGACUGACUUUUGGCACCAGUCUUUGCUUUUAGCACAAUGGUCUUUACAUCUGAAAGGGAGGAAGACCUGACCUUUCUCUCCACACUGAUUUGCAGAACACAACCGAAUUGGAUAGAUACAAUAGUAGAGCAGGGGGUGUCAAACUUGUGCUACUGCAAUUCAUUUUAAGUAAAAUUCCCAGCAUCCUUAGCCAGCUAACAGAUUGACUUGCAGAAUAACCUGUGAACAUGUAUCAUAGAUCAUUCUCAGAAUACGUUUGACUGAUUUACAAAUGCUAAAUAAACUUGCAAUUGGCUUUUA